UUUCAGAAUACAGCUCUGACAAUCCAUAUAGAAGUCUAGAUUCCAUUUUCUCUCUCUUUCUUUCCACAGUUCGGAGAGAGAGAAAGAGCCAGUUUUUGUCUCUUUUUCACUGUUUGGAGAGAAAGAAGAGCUGGUUUCACUGUUCUGUUUCGGGAUUUUCUCUCUCUACAUUUUAUCCAAUAUUCCAUCUCUGCCAAUCACCUUCCUUAAUCACUUUCUCUCUCUGCAUUGACCCAUUAAUCUCCAUUUUUUCUCCCCUUAUACUUGCUGGGUUUUGUUGGGUCUUUGUUCCAAAAAGGCCAUAGAUACGGUGGUUGUAAACUUGUGAUCUUCAAAACCCAAAAGGAAGUCUGUAAUUCUGCGGUUUUAUUUGAUACGAUGACAGUUGAACCGAGGGUUGAAGACCCAAAUGAUCAAUUUCCGAUUGGUAUGCGGGUUCUCGCCGUUGAUGAUGACCCUACCUGUCUUAGGCUCUUGGACACUCUGCUUCGUCGAUGCCAGUACCAUGUUACGACAACUAGUCAGGCAAUCACAGCAUUGAAGAUGCUGAGAGAAAACAAAAACCAGUUUGAUUUGGUUAUCAGUGAUGUGCAUAUGCCUGAUAUGGACGGUUUCAAGCUGCUUGAGCUUGUGGGGCUUGAGAUGGACCUACCUGUAAUAAUGCUAUCGGCAAAUGAUGACCCGAAGCUUGUGAUGAAGGGAAUUACCCAUGGGGCUUGUGAUUAUUUGCUGAAACCUGUUCGAAUUGAGCAGCUAAAGAACAUAUGGCAACAUGUAAUCAGGAGAAGGAGGUUUGAUCCUAGGGACCAGAAUAAUUCUGACAGUCGAGACAAGCGUCAAGGACCUGGUGAAGGAGGACAAGGGUCCAGUGAACCAGGGAAUCCUGAUCAUGGGAAGCUUAAUAAAAAGCGGAAGGACCAGAAUGAAGAUGACGAUGAGGAAAAUGAUGAGAAUGGACAUGAUAAUGAGGACCCAUCAAGUCAGAAGAAGCCUCGUGUUGUUUGGUCUGUAGAGCUGCAUCGCAAAUUUGUUGCAGCUGUUAAUCAGUUGGGCAUUGACAGGGCUGUACCUAAAAAGAUAUUAGAUUUGAUGAAUGUUGAGAAGCUUACAAGAGAAAAUGUAGCAAGCCAUCUCCAGAAAUAUAGGCUUUACCUAAAAAGGAUCAGCUGUGUGGCAAAUCAGCAAGCUAAUAUGGUUGCAGCCUUGGGCAGUACAGAUUCUACCUAUUUGCAUUCACUUAAUGGCCUUGGAAAUUUCUACAAUUUGUCUGGAUCUGGGCAGUUGCCAAACUCUACUUUCAGAUCCUUCCCACCUAGUGGAAUGCUCGGUAGAUUGAACACUCCUUCUGGUAUGGGUAUGCAUUGCCUUUCUUCUUCAGAGAUGGUUCAACUGGGACAUUUGCAAAACUCAAGCAAUCCUAUUAACAGUGGGGGUAAAUUCCAGCCGGUGUUACUACCUGGAAACCAAAAUGGUAUUAUACUUCAAGGGAUGCCAAUGUCCUUAGAACUUGAGCAAUUGCAACAUAAUAAAGGCAUCAUCCGUGUUGGAGAGCUCUCUACUACUAUUGGGGAUUCAACUGUUUUCCCUGCUUCAAGUGGCUUCCCAGAUACAAAAAUGACUUCCAGUAGGUCAUCCAGCUCUCUUCUUGUUGCUGCAAACAGUCCCUUAAUGUUACAAGGACACUCCCAAGAGAACCAAAGAAGAGGAGGGUUGAGAAAUCAAAAUUCUGCUACAUUGUUAAACGCAGAGCUUCCUUCUUCAUUUCCAGAUCAUGGUAGAUGUAAUGACAACUGGUCAACUGCUGUUCAGCCAUCUGCGAUCCAAUCAAGUUCUUUUCCAUUAAGUGACUGCUUUAAACAGGCUACUUUGCAUCCUAGUAACUUGAGAGACAAUAUCUCUUCAGUGACCCUGCAAAGUGGGACUAAUCUACGUGAUGUUUCUUGUGUCACUUCAAUGCCUCCUCCACUGCCAGAUUCAAGAACAGAUUUAGAAUGUCAAGCAAUGACAAUCAGUAGUAAUUCUGUAAAAAUUAUGAAUUAUUCCCCAAAAGUGUGGGAUGACCAUAAACACAAGCUCUCUCACCAUUCAAGUCUCGGAUGCAGCUCAGCAAACUCUUUGAUCCCUGCUCCUGGAGUAAUGGGUACAUUUGACCAGGGUUUGGACCUGAAAAACACAAUAUCUGACAGAAAUAUGGAUUUCAAUUUGAUGGGGGAGUCGAAUUUUGUCAAUCCCUUGCCCAUGCAGCAGAAUGCAGUUGAGGAAUCAGCUUCAGAUACAGCAUUGCAGUUGAAGCAAGGUUGCACCUUGGGGCAAAGAAAACCACAAAGCAGCUAUGCUUCUAAUAAUGUUGGUUCCUUGGAAGAUCUAGUGAGUGCAAUGAUGAAACAGGAACAGGACAAGACGACAUUGAUGGAAGGAGACUUAGGAUAUGAUGCUUAUUCCCUUGGGACGUGUCUAUGAAGUAGAUGUUGGUGCAACAAAAGUGGUGCCAUCUUUGAUGAAUUAGCCUCAUCGCUCAUGUAAUUUUAUACUGAAUUUGUCUAAUGUAAUAACUUCUGAAUUUAUGAAAAUCAUUAUAUAGUACUUGCAAUUGCUACUUG